GAAUUAUUCCUUUUAUUGAUUCUGUCUUGUUCCUAGAGCAAGACUUCUACACGUGCGACUUCGCAUUCAACGUUAAACGGCCGAGUCGUCAGUGUUGAAAAUCCGCAUUUGUUGUAUCCGUUCAAUCAGCCGAAGCCUUUCGUUUCAAGGUUUGCGUUCAACGAUAUCCAUUGUGUGGUUUGACCGAUGUCGCUUCAAGGUCUGGUUGUCCUUGCCGUACUAUUUUGUUUUCUACCCUAUGCUCUCUUCAAAAAUAGAUCCAAGAACUGGGAUUUCGCUAACGUGUCGACCCAUGCAAUUCGCGAGACUGUGUCUGAUCGAAAAAUGGUCAAGGUGGAAGUGUAUGUCGAAAGCCUCUGUAUUGAUAGUCAACUGUAUAUGUCGGAACAGCUGAUGCCCACUUUUGAGAAGCUAGGGGACAUCAUGGAUCUCGACUUGAUUGUCUUUGGAAAUGCCAAGCUUGAUGUCGAGAAUGCAAAGCUGGAGUGCCAACAUGGUUUCGGAGAAUGCGAUGCGAACGCGUACCAGCUAUGUGCCCGCGAUAUAUACCCAUUUGCGAACAGGUAUAUUCCCUUUGAUUCAUGCCUGUUCAAAAGUUUGCCCAUGGGUCAUCACGACGAUCCCUUUGCGCCUAAUUUAUUCGCGAAUUGUGCUCGAUUGACAGCUCUCGACUGGAACGCACUUGUAUCCUGCCACGCAGAUGAAAGGCACGUUUGGGAGUUGCAACUAGCUGCUGCGCUGGACACCCCUUCUUACCAUAACUAUGUGCCGUGGGUAGAAAUAGACGGCCAGCACAUCGAUGAAGACAACGUUGAUCUAUUAUCGACUAUUUGCGAUGCUUAUAACAGGACGGGCGGAGAUUACAGUCGGGUUGUUGAGGCUUGUGCAGAAAGCCGAGUAAGAGAUGUCCAUGCUCCUAGCUCCUCCGUAUUUGCCGAAAUCGACAGGGUUAUAGUGGGUAUCUACGUUGAAAGUUUGUGCGUGUACUGUAAGCAAUAUUUGGAAGAGCAAGUCAUGCCAACGUAUGAACUGCUCAAAGACUACAUUGACCUAAAUGUGGUUGUUUUUGGAAAUACGAUGAUUGACGUAGCGAACAGAUCACUUGACUGCCAGCAUGGCGUUGCCGAGUGUGAUGCAAAUGCGUAUCAUGGUUGUACGAGGGAUGUGUACUCCGACACAGGUCGUUACUUGCCUUUCACAGCUUGUUUGUUUCAGACUCUGCCUAUGGGGUAUAGCAACAAUGAAUUUGGAAGAGAAGCUUAUGCCGACUGUGCACGAAGAUCCGCUCUAGACUGGAACGCACUUGUGACAUGUCGGCUCGAUGAAAAUCAUGUAUGGAAGCUGCAGCAGCGUGCUUGGAAGGAAACACCAUCCGACCACCAGUAUGUUCCUUGGGCUGUGGUCGAUGGGCGACACAUUGACCAAGAAGACGAAGAUUUGAUGGCGUCGGUGUGUGAUGCAAUCAAAACCCGUCGCCAGUAUGAUGACACACCAUCACCCCCAUGUCCAGAGUUUUCAAUGAAAAGAAGAUGACUGUGAAUCAUUAAUCUCUAUGGAGCAGCAAAUAUGGUGUGGUCAAUAGCUACACAACAUAGAAAUUCUGUCUGUGCUGGGCAUGCCUGGCUAAAUGUCAUACAAUCAAAUAUCGAGUUGGACAGC